GCUGUGUGAGGCUUCUGAAAUCUGUGGAGAUUUUUCUCUGCAGAUGCAGGAAGAAAGCAGGUGGAUGGAUGAAUAAGUAUGGCCUUGCUCCUGGUCGCCUUGCUGGCAUUCCUGAGCUUAAGCUCAGGAUGUCACCAUCAGAUCUGUCACUGCUCUCACAGGGUUUUUCUCUGCCAAGAGAGCAAAGUGACAGAGAUUCCCUCCGACCUCCCCAGGAAUGCCGUUGAACUGAGGUUUGUCCUCACCAAGCUUCGAGUCAUCCCAAAAGGAGCAUUUUCUGGAUUUGGGGACCUGGAGAAAAUAGAGAUCUCACAGAAUGAAGUCUUGGAAGUGAUAGAGGCAAAUGUGUUCUCCAACCUGCCCAAAUUACAUGAAAUUAGAAUUGAAAAGGCCAACAAUCUGCUAUACAUCGACCCAGAUGCCUUCCAGAGCCUUCCCAACCUCCGAUAUUUGUUAAUAUCCAACACAGGUAUUAAGCACUUGCCAGCUGUUCACAAGAUUCAAUCUCUCCAAAAGGUUCUACUAGACAUUCAAGAUAAUAUCAACAUCCACACAGUUGAAAGAAAUGCUUUCAUGGGACUGAGUUAUGAAAGUAUGAUUUUAUGGCUGAAUAAGAAUGGCAUUCAAGAAAUACACAACUGCGCAUUCAAUGGAACCCAACUAGAUGAGCUGAAUCUAAGUGAUAACAAUAAUUUGGAAGAAUUGCCUAAUGAUGUUUUCCAUGGAGCCUCUGGACCAGUCAUUCUAGACAUUUCAAGAACUAGGAUCCAUUCCCUGCCCAGCUAUGGCUUAGAAAAUCUUAAGAAGCUGCGGGCCAGGUCAACAUACAACUUGAAAAAGCUUCCCAGUCUGGAUAUGUUUGUUGCACUCAUGGAGGCCAGCCUCACCUACCCUAGCCACUGCUGCGCUUUUGCAAACUGGAGACGUCAAAUCUCUGAGCUUCACCCAAUUUGCAACAAAUCUAUUUUAAGGCAAGAAGUCGAGGAUAUGACUCAGGCUAGGGGUCAGAGAGUCUCUUUGGCAGAAGAUGAGGAAUCCAGUUACACCAAAGGAUUUGACAUGAUGUACAGUGAAUUUGACUAUGACUUAUGCAAGGAAGUGGUUGAUGUGACUUGUUCCCCCAAGCCAGAUGCAUUCAAUCCAUGUGAAGAUAUCAUGGGGUAUGACAUUCUCAGAGUCUUGAUAUGGUUCAUUAGCAUCCUGGCCGUCACAGGGAACAUCGUAGUGCUGAUGACCCUGACCACCAGCCAAUACAAACUCACAGUCCCCCGGUUCCUUAUGUGCAACCUGGCCUUUGCCGAUCUCUGCAUUGGAAUCUACUUGCUGCUCAUAGCCUCAGUUGAUAUCUACACCAAAAGUCAGUACCACAACUAUGCCAUCGACUGGCAGACAGGAGCAGGCUGUGAUGCUGCUGGCUUUUUCACAGUCUUUGCCAGUGAGCUCUCAGUCUACACUCUGACAGCCAUAACGCUGGAAAGAUGGCACACCAUCACCCACGCCAUGCAGCUGGAAUGCAAAGUGCAGCUCCGCCAUGCUGCCGGGGUCAUGCUGCUAGGCUGGAUCUUUGCCUUUGCAGUUGCUCUCUUUCCCAUCUUUGGCAUCAGCAGCUACAUGAAGGUGAGCAUCUGCCUGCCUAUGGAUAUUGACAGCCCCAUGUCACAGCUCUAUGUUAUGUCUCUCCUGGUGCUCAAUGUCCUGGCCUUUGUGGUCAUCUGUGGCUGCUAUGCUCAUAUCUACCUCACAGUGAGAAACCCCAACAUUGUGUCCUCCUCUAGUGAGGAGGCCAAGAUCGCCAAACGCAUGGCCAUGCUCAUCUUCACGGACUUCCUCUGCAUGGCACCCAUCUCCUUCUUUGCCAUCUCUGCCUCCCUCAAGGUGCCCCUCAUCACGGUGUCCAAGUCAAAGAUCCUCCUGGUCCUAUUCUACCCCAUCAACUCCUGCGCCAACCCCUUCCUCUAUGCCAUCUUCACUAAGAACUUCCGCAGGGAUUUCUUCAUUUUGCUGAGCAAGUUUGGCUGCUAUGAAACUCAAGCCCAGACUUACAGGACAGAAACUUUAUCCACUGCCCACAACUCCCACCUGAGAAAUGGCCACUAUCUUCCAUGUCCCAAGGUUACCAAUUACAUGCUUGUCCCUCGAAGCCACUUGGCCCAGAACUAAAACAUUAUG